UCCUCACACCGUUCGGAUCCUGCAAUCGGAAUGGUAGAAGCUCACCCAGUACUGCUCGCCUAGUGGGACUCGUGGACCAUAGGAAGAACGACCGACACGUCGUGAUCUUAGGGAUGAUUACACUGCCACUGCCGAUCUCGGGAUGCCUCCAACGUUAGCUUGGAGGUCUGACCUCCCCCCCAUUCCACGUCGAAGCUCCCCCUCUGUCGAUGCAUGGCCAGGGCCAAGCCGUCAAGGGUCAGGCAUGAAGAAAGAGGAGGGAAAAAUGCCACUGUCACGACUCAGGACUCAAGACUUUCCCCCGCGUCAGGGUGAAAAUAGAAAGUUAUUUACUAUGUAUAGCAUAUGCAUGCCUGCCUGCAUGACGGGUGCAGUAUCUGCCCUCGAAUAUCGAAUCACUAUAGAUUAUGAUCAAACGAUUAUGGCCAGGGUUCGGGAACGGUGACCGGGAGAUGCAUUUGCC